AUGUGUCCUAACCUAUCCCGACCACCUCACCGUAGAAUCGAACUCUACAUCAAAGGAUUGGCACCACAAGUCAAGGGUUUAGUCACUCCAGCAAAUCUUGACAACCUGCCACGAAUCAUCAGGCUGGCUCAUAAGAUCACUGAUCAGGAGGUGGAGCGUGGCUCGCUACCACCACGUGUUACUGCCACUACUACUUCUACCACUGCUAUCCCCACCACUGACAACAAGCGUAAAUGGAAUGGCGCUGACAAGGCGACCAAUUCGAACCAGUCACAAAAGAAGCCUGACAACAACAGUCGUAGUUUCUGUCAGUCAUCUUUGGUCAACCAGAAUCAGAACAACAGUCAAACUUCGGGCUCUUAUGCAGGAAAACAGCCGAAGUGGAACCAGUGCGGUUUCCACCACUAUGGUUCGUGUAACCGAACGUGUCAAAGGUGUGACAAGGUGGGUCAUAUGGCGAAGGAUUGCAGAGCUCAGUAUCCAAAGCAGCAGCAGCAACAACCCCAACAACAACAACAACAACAGAGGCAGCAACCCCAUCAGAACCAGGGUAAUCAAAGGGGAUGUUACCAAUGUGGCAACGAAGGGCACUUCAAGAAGGAUUGCCCACAAUUGAAUCAGAACGCCAACAACAACGAUGGGAACAAAAAUCGCAAGAACAACAACAACAAUGGGAAUAACGGUGGGAAUAACGGUGGAAAUGGUGCUCGUGGGAGAGUGUUUACUAUAGGAGUAGGUGAUGCAAGGAAUGAUGGCAACGUCGUGACCGGUACGUUCUCUGUCAAUGGGUGUAAACUUGAUCUCUUGGGUCAAGUGUUUAACAUUGACCUUCUUCCCGUCACUCUUGGUAGCUUUGAUAUAGUUGUUGGUAUGGAUUGGUUGUCAAAACACCAAGCCGACAUACUUUGUAAGGAGAAAAUCGUGCGUAUACCUCUCCCUUGUGCGGAACCGUUGUCUGUUCAGGGUCAUCGUAGUGGUGCAACUGUCAGCAUUAUUUCAUCCAUGAAAGCCCAGAAGUGUUUGCGGAAGGGCUAUACUGCUAUUCUUGCACUUGUUACUGAUACUCAGCCUAAAGAGAAGAGAAUCGAGGAUUUACCCGUUGUUCUUGAGUUUCCUGACGUAUUUCCUGAGGAACUUCCAGGUUUACUUCCCCAACGACAGGUGGAGUUCCAAAUUGAUCUUACACUAGGAGCAGCUCCGAUUGCUCGUGCACCUUAUCAUCUUGCACCAGGGGAAUUACCAGAACUGUCUAAUCAACUCCAAGAACUGUUGGAUAGAGGCUUUAUCGGACCCCGAAAGUGA